GAUGUCACUACCGGCAUGCCAACUUGCGGCAUUUGGGAGGCGUUUGGUAGGUCGCUCCCCCGUGCCGGUGAUCGGUGCCUGGAGCCCGGAAGACCUCCCCCGCCCGGCCUGCCCUCCUCCCCGGUGCUGGGGAGGGCCACGACGCCUGGGCCGCUCCCCCGGCAUCUGAACGCAAGACCCGCCGCCACCGGGAUGACAACCCGGGGCCGCCAGUCUUCUGCACGUCGGGCCCCACCGGCAGAACAUGGUGGCGGUUGUGGCAGUUGGACUCCGAACAGCCCCUCCUCGGGUGUUACAAUUGUGAAACCUAUAGUCUAUGGUAAUGUAGCGCGCUAUUUUGGAAAGAAAAGAGAAGAAGAUGGGCACACCCACCAAUGGACAGUGUACGUAAAACCAUACAGGAACGAGGAUAUGUCAGCCUAUGUGAAGAAAAUCCAGUUUAAAUUGCACGAGAGCUACGGGAAUCCAUUAAGAGUUGUUACUAAACCUCCUUAUGAAAUAACUGAAACAGGUUGGGGUGAAUUUGAAAUAAUCAUCAAAAUAUUUUUCAUUGAUCCCAAUGAAAGACCUGUGACGCUGUAUCAUCUACUAAAGCUGUUUCAAUCAGACACCAACGCGAUGUUGGGAAAAAAGACGGUGGUUUCCGAAUUCUACGAUGAAAUGAUUUUUCAAGAUCCAACUGCAAUGAUGCAGCAGCUGCUGACAACAUCUCGCCAGUUAACACUGGGGGCCUAUAAGCAUGAAACAGAAUUUGCCGAACUGGAAGUUAAAACUCGCGAAAAGCUAGAAGCUGCCAAGAAGAAGACAAGCUUUGAAAUUGCUGAGCUUAAAGAAAGAUUAAAGGCAAGUCGUGAAACUAUCAACUGUUUAAAAAAUGAAAUCAGGAAGCUCGGAGAAGACGAUCAGACUAAAGAAAUAUGAAAAAAACAAAACCCCCCCAAAGGACUUGAAGAUGUGCCACUGAAAAUAAAGAAUAUUGCGGGGACUGGUUAAUGUAAAUAGCAUUAGGUUUUUUAGAGGAACGUAAUUAGUCGCCUGACACAGAUUUCCUGGCAAAGAGUUAGAGUACUUGGGCCUCUGUGGAAAAAUGUUUUAAUGUAACUGCUUUAUACAUUGUUUUAACUGAUAAGAUUCACAGACAUUUGCCUGAUCCAUUUUAAGGUCAUUUCUCGACUGGAGGUAAAACUUUCUGUGACUGCAUUGUAACUUUUAGAGGAAAACUCUUGCUGCUUGUCUCAGUCUUAACAUCUAAGCUCAUUUUUUACUUUGAUUUCAGAAGAUUGGAAACCACUUUUCAAAGUUUACUUGCUCUUAUCCUUGGUUGCCCACAGUUUUUGGUGUUUUUUUUUUUACCACGGUGUCAACCCCUCCCCUUCGGAAGCCAAUUUUCUAUCCGGCACCUCAUCCCACGCCCACGGGAGACCUUUCCCACCGACCGGCCAACCCCGAAGCAGUAUUCGUGGGGUAACUUUUUUUUUUAACCCCAAAUGGCUGAGGCCACACUGGAAUCGUUUGGAUUCAAUAGCAGGGUGCAAGGGAUGGCGUCAGUGUCCUGGACUUCUUGUGCAUUCGUGCAAAGCACUGACCGCUCGUCCACCUCCUCCCCCACCCUCGGCUUCAACCUCUCGUCACCCGGGACCGUGGAGAGACCUGUAAUUUCAAAUCCUUAAACGAUGUCUGAAGUCGAAAUAAAUCUUAAUUCAAUCCA